UUCAAGCCUGACCAGUUUGUCUCGUUUCAAACUCUUGUGAAUGAGGAAGAUGUAAAGUGUUUCCAGUCCACACGACUGCAGGAAGAUGUAAGCAAACCAAAACAGUUUUAAACACAAAUCAGAGCCAACAGAACAAAUCAAUAUGGAAAGAGGUGCAGAAUUGUUUGCGAGGAAGAGCAUCUUUGUGAUUCUGGCCAUCCUCCAAAUCACGAAACACACCUCAGCUCAAACUACCACAACUCCCUCCUCCAACACCACACUCUCCCCCUCAGCUUCUGUCCCACCCUCCACGUCCUCAGGACCGCAUCCUGGCUCGUCCCAAAGCUACCUAACUCUGCCCUCAAACAUAACGGUGGGACUGGGCGAUCCGGCACAGUUCCGGUGUGGAGUCCCCAAAAGCUCUGAGGGUCUCACCUUCACUUUCUAUGGAAGUGCUCAUAACUACACCCUCAGCUGCCCCAACGGACACAUAGAGGACAUACCACAGGCCCUUGAGGGGUAUUGCCAGGUACAUUUAGAAGAGCUGCUGGCUGGGUGGGUCCUAAAAGGCACAUCUUUACCAGACAAUGGUAUAAGAGUUGUAUGUCAACGAAGCGGCCACCCGGCUGCACCCACAGCAUACUUGUAUGUAUAUGAUAAUGGCUCAGGAGAUGCUCUCCUGAUUGGUCUGGCUAUUGGAGGAUUUUUCGGUACAGUAACGGUGUUUGGUUUGUUCUACCUGAUGCUGACAAAAUCUGAGAGGCUCCGUAUCUGCUUUAGUGGUAAAAACAACUCACCAGAAGAUAUGACAGAAAUCGUGGACAACAUUGAAGCCACUGCUACGUCUCCUAUGCCCACCCUUAAUGAGAAAAUGAGAGAUCUUUGAUGAUUACACAUGUCCAUAUUCCUUGUUAAGCCUGAUACUUUGAACCAAUAACAUCUAUUAAUGAAAUAUAAAUAUAAAUAUAAAUAGUGUGGCUCCACAAAUUCUCAAAACAUGAAGGCUUUUUAUUGUAUUAUUUUUAAAUAGAAUAUGCACACAGCACUAAUUUCCCCCCAAAAAAACUCUGCUAUGAACUCUUAUUAUGCUUGUGUUUGUGUCUAUAUGAAGAAUGUUGUAUACUGAAGAUCAAAUAAAAGAUGG